ACGUUUUAUCUCAUGUUGUGUUUGUCGUCCAACAUUGAUCGUUUUUGUGUAUUUACCGAACGGUCGUUGGUUAUAUGUUGAUAAAAAUAGUAUUUAUUUUAUACAAGUGUGAUAUUGUAUUUUAUAAUUAUCAAAGACCACAGUGAUUUCGACAUAAGACGAUGGAGGAUAUAAAAACGUUAUUAAUAGACCAGCUUCUCCGGAACAGCUAGAAGUGCGGAAUUCAAUCUGAUACGGGAUCGCUGGCGAACGGACAACAUGACUAAACACUACUCGACGCCGUUCACGCCCAAGGAUGUGACGGGCAUGUGCGUGCAAAUGAAGAAGCCGCUGCAGGCCUGCCAUACGGAAAACUUUGUGUUCCUGCGGUUUCUCAUGCACCUGUUCGGCUACACCGUGGACGGACCGGCCACCAAGUCUCCAGCGAAACAUGUACUACCACUACCACAGCAGCGGUCCGAAUAUUAUUCGGCACCGGAGCCCGAACACUUUCUGGCCGGUUAUGAACACGUGUUCGAUGAAUCAAUUAUGUCGGUUUUCCAGAAUAAAAGGCGACGGAAAAGAGCUGCUGCCGGAGAGCCGGAGGAGUACGAUUUCGUCGUGGUCGGCGCCGGGUCGGCGGGUUGCGUCCUGGCCAACAGGCUGACAGAAGUCAAACACUGGAAGGUAUUGCUAUUGGAAGCCGGCAUCGAAGAACCAGAAUUUUCUUCGGUACCCGGUCUGGCUCCUUUGCAGUUGAAUAGCAGAAUCGAUUGGAACUAUACGACCCAACCCGACAAGCACACGUGCCGUUCCAGACCGGGUGGUGCGUGCAAUUGGGCUAGAGGUAAAGUCAUGGGUGGUUCUAGUACGAUAAACUAUAUGAUUUACACACGAGGUAACAUGGAAGACUAUAACGAAUGGGAAGAAAUGGGAAACUAUGGAUGGGGAUACGGCGAGGCACUUUAUUACUUUAAGAAGUCAGAGGACAACGAAGAUCCAGAGGUUUACAAGAAGAAUCCUCAUUAUCACGGCAAAGGAGGGUAUCUGACCGUCGAAUGGUUUCCCUACGUGGACGCGACCGCCGUCGCUUUAAUACAAGCUUGGAAAGAAUUCGGCUUGCCAUACGUGGACGUGAACGGCCAUUCCCAAAUUGGAGUCACUCAUCUGCAGUCCACGGCCAGACACGGUCAGCGGAUGAGCACAAACACAGCGUUCAUACGGCCCAUAAGGAAAAAACGGAAAAACCUAACGGUUCUGACCGACGCACACGUCACAAGGGUGAUCGUCGACAACAAGCACGCGGUGGGAGUGGAGUAUCUGUUCAAGAAGAAGAUGCGCAAGGCUUACGUGAGAAAAGAAGUGAUCCUGAGCGCCGGCUCGUUGAACUCGCCGAAGAUACUAAUGCUGUCCGGUGUCGGACCCAAACGCCAUUUGAAGGAAAUGAACAUUAAAGUGGUGAAGGACUUGCCGGUCGGUAGGAACCUACAAGACCACGUCACGGCCGACGGCGUGGUCAUCAGAGUGAAGAAGACCGCCACCGACAAGCCGUUGAAAGAGAAAAAAAAAGACGCCCUUUUGUAUAAACACAAGAGGAAAGGUCCUUUGGCCGCCACCGGCCCGUUGCAGUGCGGUGCUUUCAUUCAAACCAAAUAUGAACACUCUUUGGAUCUACCAGAUAUAAAUUAUGCGUUCGACAACGGAAAUGCGAAAGACUGGAUUCUUGAUCCUGCCAACGCGACGGCAAUGGGGAUGUCUCCGGUUUCCUAUUAUGAAGCCAUUAAUGUCAGACCGAUUCUGUUGAAACCAAAGAGCAGAGGAUACUUGUUGCUGAAUAAUACUCAUCCGGUUUGGGGUCAACCUCUGAUAUAUCCGAGAUUUUUCACAAAAGGAAAUGAUCUUCAAGUGCUCGUCGAAGGAAUGAAAGUCGGGGCAAAUAUAGCGAAGACACACGCCAUGCGUAAGGCCGGUGCUGUUCUGGUAGACCAUCCGGCCAAAAGCUGCAAGAAAUACAAGUUCGGCAGCGAUGACUAUUGGGCGUGUGUCAUAAUGGAAUACACAACUACUAUUUACCAUCCGGUGGGUACGUGCAAAAUGGGACCUGAGCACGACGAAGAAGCCGUUGUUGACCCUCAACUUAGGGUUUACGGGGUGGCUGGCUUGAGGGUGGUCGAUGCGUCUAUCAUGCCCACGAUUGUCCGGGGCAAUACCAACGCCCCGACCAUUAUGAUAGCGGAAAAAGCUUCGGAUAUGAUAAAAAAAUACUGGUUAAAAGACCAUCAUUUCUGAUUUAACAGCAAUUAUU